UUGGAGACAGAAGCAGGUUCGAAUCAGCCUCUCUCCCUCCUUCCUACUCUGAGGUUUCUUUUUCUCUCUCUGCCUGUCUGGCACGGGAGAGGGAGAAGAAGGACUCACGAGUUAUUCUUCACGGGCUAUACCUUACCGAUGAUUAAUUGAAGUUGGGUUGGGUAGGGUUGGAUUUGCUUGUUCCUCCAACCCUUGUUGUUCGGAUCAACUAAUUGAUUUGUUUUGGGUACUGGGUGUUGUUCUUCAAGAUGAUGUGGCCUAACAGUUUUGAUCUCUGGCAAAAGGAUGCUUUCUUUUCUGCGGCUGAGGAGGUACAGGAAUCAGCUGAUAGAAUGGAAUCGACAUACAGAGCAUGGCUUAGAGAGAGGAGAGGACGAUCAAUUCCCAAAUACUUAGAUGAACUAUGCAGGGAGCUGCAAACUGCUUUGGGUACUGCAAAAUGGCAGUUGGAAGAGUUUGAGAAGGCUGUUAAGCUAAGCUACAGGCAUCUUGAUGAUGAGCAUGCAACCAUGAGGCAUAGACAAUUUAUUUCGGCCAUUCAAAACCAAAUUUCCCAUGUUGAAGCAGCAUUAAGAGAAUCUUUUGUUGAGGAAGGAAGACAACCCUUCCGUUGGGUUAAUCUGGAUGAAGAAGAUCGGGAUGAUUUCGCUGCAUUUUUAUCUGGAACCUCUCAAAACAUGCAGGUUGCUAAAGAUGAAUGCGUGGAACUCACUCCUUCCAUGAAAAAUACACUUCAGGAGAAACAGAGCAACAAGAGAGACAAAGUCUUUGAUGUAAAUGCUUCCUGCAAUGGAAAUAUCUUUAGCGGCAAAAAAUCUACAAAGGAUGCCAUUUCCAUCAACAAGGAUGUAAAAUUCGUCAUAGAAAUAAAAACAGAUGAAGCUUCUGGAACUAGUGAUGAUAUGGUUUCUCAAGCAGACAGAACAACUAAUAUAAGGAAGCCGUGUAGUUCUCCAAAAUUGGGGGAGUUAAAAAUUAUGAUUGCUGAUGAAGAUGAACAUAGGAAUAAACUCAUGCAUACUACUGAUGGAAACUCUAAAGAGAAAGGGUUCAAACCUGGCUUCUGGAAACAUAAAUUUGAAGAAUAUCCUCAGGCAGUGCGUGCAGUACAUACGUUCAAUCAGUUUUUAGGUCGUAUUGGUUGUUUCCAAGGACAAUUCAAUAGUUCCGUACAAUUGCGAUCUCGGUGUUCUGUUUCAAUCACGCUUGCUCUAAUGCUUAUCAUGUUUCUCAUCGUUCCCUUUGUGCUUUAUUCAACCUGAGUUAAAAUGCUGCUUCACUCAACCAUAUGAAGAGGGUUUCUCCUGGCGUUAUGAAUGACAUUUUUUAGGUUCCUGGCCCUGGCCGUCUGUUCACCUCCAUGUAAUGGAGCUUCCCUUGGAAUGGGAGAAGGUUGACGAAAGGGACAGUAACAGUAAUUUUCAGUAUAUAUUGUCAAGAGCCUGAGCUCGGUUGAAUUUACCUAAUAGGUGAAUACCGAAUGG